CCAAUUUUGAAAAUCAUGUCCCUUUUCAAGGUGGGGAGGGAAAAACGCCCGUUAGAAAUCCACCAUGAUUCAUUUCAUUCCCCGACAAAUAUAUUUUUCCACUAGAAAAUCCAGAAGAAAUGUUCUAAGAGUUUUGGAAGCCAAAGAAGAUAUUCACGAUGUUCAAAAAGAGUUUCAAGUCUGCAAAAUGCAAAACCCUGGUAAGGCUGGCAAUGUCACGCAUAAAGCUUCUGAGAAACAAAAGGGAUAUGCAACUGCAGCAAUUGAAGAGGGAUUUGGCUCUUCUUCUUCAAUCUGGUCAAGACCCAAGUGCUAGAAUCCGGGUUGAACAUGUAAUAAGAGAGCAAAAUAUCAUGGCAGCAUAUGAUAUCAUUGAACUCUUUUGUGAGCUAAUUGUGGCACGUCUGUCCAUCAUUGAAUCCCAGAGCAAAUGCCCUCUUGAUUUACGGGAAGCUCUUUCAAGUUUAAUAUUUGCAGCUCCAAGAUGUGCCGACAUUCCAGAACUCCUAGAAAUUCGUGAUCUCUUUGGAAUGAAGUAUGGUAAAGAAUUUGUAGCUGCAGCUGCAGAACUACGUCCAGAUUGUGCUGUCAAUAGAACAAUUAUUGAGAAGUUAUCAGUGAAAGCGCCUAGUGGUCAAGUAAAGCUGAAGCUCAUGAAAGAAAUAGCCAAGGAAUAUCAUGUUGAUUGGGAUCCAGCAGAAUCAGAAGAAGAAUUCUUAAAGCGUCCAGAAGACCUACUUGAUGGACCAAGUAAGUUUAUUGCUGCUACAAAUUUAUCAACAGUCUCUAAAAAGGAUCACUGGCCUACUACUUCUGGUCAAAAGUUUGAAUCAAAAUCCCCAGAUUUACAUCAAAGUCCCCAGAGAAACAUGUCACGCACAUCUACAGGAUCAUCUGGCAUGUGCAAUGAGGAUGCUGUUUUGCAUGCUGACAAAGAUUAUAAUAUAAAUUUCAAAGAUACAGCCUCUGCUGCUAAGGCAGCUGCUGAUUCUGCAGAGAUAGCAGUCGCAGCUGCACGGGCUGCUGCCAAACUUGCAAAGCAGGGUAAUCUUCAAAACCAUUGUCAGGAAGCACCUGGUCCAUUUGAUCCAAGCUUAAGUGAUGACGAGACAGAUGUUGCCGGCAACUUGAGAAUGAACAGAAAACAGUAUUUACAUCAGGCACAAUCUUUUCAUGGGUAUGAUCACAACAGGAGAGCACGGGUUGAAGGUCAAGUAGGAAACAAAAACCUUUCCAGGAGUGUAAGUGGACAAAUAAGUAGGGAAAGUGAAGUACAAGAUUCUGAUGACGACUAUGAAAUGCCGGUGAAGAGGAGUAGCAAACAGGAUGCUACACAUCAUGGAAAUGAAGUAAAAUACCACCAUAACAAUACACAGGCUAUGCAAAACUAUGACAAUAUAAGGUCAGAAAGGCACUCUUUUGGCAGGUACAGAGAUGAUCCACUCGGGGACUCAAACAUUCCAUCACUAGCACCCAGGAAGACUCAAAUGGUGUACUCGAACAAUCUUGCUUCUCCAGUUUUUGAUGAAUCAGACUGUACAGACUCUGAGAAUGAUGAAGAUAGUGAUACAGAACAGUUUGUUUCUGAGAAUAGGAGUAAUCCUCAGUCAGAAUUAAGACUAGCAAGUCAACCCCCAACAAGGCCUCCUCCAGGAGUGACAUCCUCUACUUUUAACAACUCUCAAUCAUCACCCUAUGUGGGAUUGAACUCAAGGGCCUCCCAUGUUCAUCCAAAGCUCCCAGACUAUGAUGCCUUGGCUUCCCGUUUUGAAUCCUUAAAGUACCAAAGGAAAUAAAUCAUGAUACAGUGUUGAUGAAGAUAAUUAAAACUCUCGGAAGAAGGUAGCUCUGUUCUUUCCAUACAUGAUAAUGAUUUUUCACCAAGGUGCACAAGGUCCAAGGUAUAGAAAUCCUGUUUCACGGAUAAGAAGUCACAAUGUUUCACAACUAUUUGAUAUUCUUUAGACAUUUGUAGUGGUUAUUAAGACAUUAGGAUCAUUUUUUAAGGUAUUUUGGAUGAAAAUGUCGUCCUUCUGUUCUUCCCUGGCUCUAAGCAAGGUUACCGGGUUUCAACACCGGCGCUGAACUGGCAGCCAAUAUUUUAAAAAAUUACCUGUAAUUUCUAAUUUGAUGUUUUAAAUCUUAAUAAAUCGACGUGAAUGAUGA